AUGCCUGCCGCCAACAUGUCACGGGUGCUCAACAUUCUCCACUCUUUGUAUCCACAUGUACAAACACUGGGGGAUUUUGCCGACGGUAUCGUGUUUAGAGAGGGACGAAAAGCAGCUCUCAUCGAGCAAGACGACGCGAGCCGAUUCGUUGCCUUCGUCCAAGGCGUUUUUGUCUGCACUGACAAGACGCUGCAGCAAGUGCCGAGCUGCAAGCAGAUCUGCACCUUGUCUGAACUACUGGCUUUUGUUCUAAACAACAUGAAGAGGAAGAGGAAGAGAAAUGUCCUGGCACAUGGUUACGGGUUUCUCUCCUUGCCCCAGGAGGAACGAGAUGCAGACCAGUUCAAGUUCCAAAGUGAUGUCACCCAAAGUGCUUCCUACAUCCACGGCAGUGACCUGUGGAAGAAAAUUUCAAACCGUCUUGGUACAGACGUCACACGGUACCUUCUGGAAAGCUGUGGUGUGUUUGUGUCGGUCCCUCCCUCAUGUGUAUUUCAGCUGUGUGGUGUUCCUGUCUAUGACAGGGUCUCCAUGGCUACGAUGUCCUCUGAUUUCUAUAUGUAUAAGAGGAGGCACAGAAGGACUCUCCGCAGAGAAAAGGGAAAAUUGAAGAGAAAAAGGGACCCAGUAGAAGAAGAGGCGGCUAUGACUUGUACUGUAAAGAAGAGAUGUGUAGAAGGGAAAGGGUCCAUGCAAGGAGCCAAGUAUGUUUGUAUUGAAACCAAUAAUGCUGCGCCAUCCAGCUGUGUGGAAUCAGCAGCAUCUAUGAAGCUAAGUAACAAUAGUUGUGCUGAUUUCAAACAGCACGUUGAACUGCCAACAGCCACGCUUCCCACGGAGAGAGGUCCCAGUUGGAGGUCAGGGCUCUACCCUCCUCUACCCCUGUCCCAGUGCUUUAUUCGCACCCUGGGUAUGCUGUACAGUGGAAGGGGAAUGCGUGGCUUCCUUCUCAAUAGGAAGAAGAAUACAGUUAGUGGGCCUAGUAGACUGCAGGGGCAGGACUUGGUUAGAGUAGUCUUCUUUGAGGGUGUGGCCUAUCUCAAUGGUGUGGAGAGGAAGCCAAAGAAACUCCCCAAGAGGUUUUUCAACAUGGUCCCACUUUUCAGGCAGCUGUUGCGUCGGCACAGGCGAUGUCCCUAUAGCAGAAUACUGCAAAAACUGUGCAUAGUAAUGGGGAAUGGAGAGACCCUGAGCUCUCUCCUGCCCAAGCACUGUGCUCCUCACCGGGUCUACCUGUUUGUCAGGGAGUGCCUUGCCACAGUAGUUCCUCAGGAGAUGUGGGGAUCUGACCACAACCGAAUCACUUUCCUGAUCAAGGUCAAGCGCUUCCUGCUCAGUGGCAAGUUGGAGAGGCUCUCAUUGGCUGAAGUAAUGUGGCACAUGAAAGUUAACGACUGCGAUUGGCUGAAGAUCCGCAAGACAGGUCAUUUCCCACCCAGUGAGCUUUACUGUCGGAUACGGUUCCUGGGUCAGUUCCUGGGUUGGCUACUGGAUGGCUAUAUUGUGGGCCUGGUCAGAGCCUGUUUCUAUGUCACAGAGAGCAUAGGGCAGAAGAAUGCCCUGAGGUUUUACAGACAGGAAGUCUGGGCCAAACUGCAGGAGCUUGCUUUCAAGGCUCACCUUUCCAAGGGCCAGAUGGUGGAGUUGACACCAACUCAGGUGGCCACCCUCAGCAAAUCCACUGUUACCUCCCGCCUCCGCUUCAUCCCAAAGGCUGAUGGCAUGAGGCCUAUCACACGGGUCAUGGGCGUGGAUGUCAAAACAAGACUCUAUCAAAGGCAUGUCCGAGACCUGUUUGAUGUGCUGCGUGUGUGCAUGCGUACCACACCCUCUCUCCUGGGCUCCACAGUGUGGGGGAUGACAGACAUCCACAAAGUGCUGCGCUCUCUGGCUCCAGCCCAGAAGGAGAAGCCACAAUCUCUCUUCUUUGUCAAGGUGGAUGUGAGUGGGGCCUAUGAGAGUCUUCUCCACAGCAAGCUCAUUGAGGUGGUUGGCCAGGCCCUGUCACCUGUCCAAGAAGAGGUCUUCACCGUGCGCCACUAUGCCAAGAUCUGGGCUGACGACCACGAGGGGCUUAAGAAGACCUUUGUUAGACAGGUAGAUUUCAUGGAGAAUAACAUGGCAUCCACCACCAUGAAAGGCUUUGUGAUGUCACUCCAGAGAGAGAGCAAACUUCACGACAGUAUACUGGUGGAGCAGCAAUUCUCCUCAGAUCUUCAAGGCAAAGAUACUCUGGCAUUUUUCAACCAAAUGCUCGCUGGCAGUGUCGUUCAAUUUGGGAAGAGAAAGUUCCGUCAGUGCAGAGGGAUUCCACAGGGGUCAGUCGUGUCCAGUCUCCUCUGCUGUCUCUGCUACGGUCACAUGGAGAACAUCUUGUUCAAAGACAUAACUGAAAAAGGAGGGUGUCUGAUGAGACUUGUGGAUGACUUCCUACUGAUUACCCCUGACUUGCACCAAGCACAGACGUUCUUAAAGACUUUGUUGGUGGGGGUGCCAGACUAUGGCCUCAUAGUAAACCCUCAAAAGGUAGUGGUGAACUUCUUAGUAUCUGGAGGCACUGAACGUUAUCCAGGCAUCAAAGUGCUGCCCACUCGAAGUCUGUUUCCCUGGUGUGGGCUACUGUUGGAUACAAACACGCUGGAUGUUUAUAAAGACUACUCCAGCUAUGCAGGCCUGUCACUGCGCUACAGCCUUACUUUAGGCUCCUCCCGUUCAGCUGGACUGCAAAUGAGGAGGAAGCUGAUGGGUAUCCUCCGACUCAAAUGCCAUGCCCUCUUCUUGGACCUUAAGACCAACAGUUUUGAAGCAGUCUACAAGAACAUCUACAAGCUGGUGCUGCUUCAUGCAUACAGGUUUCACGUAUGUGCUCAGAGUUUGCCCUUUGGUCAAACUGUUGCCAAGAACCCGCUCUACUUUCUGCAGAUGAUUUGGGAUAUGACUGAAUACUCCAAUCGCCUUGUCAGACUAAGCAACAAAGGAAUGAGUUUAGGUAGCACAGCCCAGACAGGCGUUCUGCAGUAUGAGGCAGUGGAGCUGCUGUUCUGCCUGUCUUUUCUGCGUGUGUUGUCUCGCCACCGUCCUCUCUAUAAAGCCAUGUUACCUCACCUGCACAAACGGAAACAUUUUUUGGAGAGGCGUCUGGGUGAUCUGAGAGUGGCCAGGGUCAGACAGGCCAGUAACCCCAGCAUCCCAGAGGACUUAAUGGCCAUCCACACCUAGACACCCAGGCAGUCCCCAUGACACCACAACCUAUGAAGCCUUCAACAGACAGUCAUUCUGUAAGGUUUAACGAAAGUAAUUUGUUGAAGACGAAUUUGUUUUUUUCCUGAUACUGGACAAGAAAUUAUUUUUUUUGUAUCUGUCAUCAAAGGAGAUGAAAGAAAAACGAGGAAGUGAAGAACACAAUGGACGAUGGGUCUGGUGGGUGAAAUAAAGCACUCAUAAAUAACUCCCUGUAAAACAGUAACAAGAUCAAUAAAGUUAGAAAAUUAAGGCAAAAAGAAAUGUUGCUGCCAUGGCAGGCUCAACUUCCUCCUGCAUCAUUCAUUUUCCCUUUGGACUUUGAUUUACCAUUUCUUUGGUAGUUUUCCAGUAAGGAAGAAUGUUCUCAUCUAACAGCUGUUUUUUUUUUGUUUUGUUUUUUUGUAAAUCUUCAUGUGAAUGUUUAUUACCCUAGCCAUCAUACAAAUCAAACUAGUUUAUUUUUUAUACAGGUGAAUGUAAUCAUGCAUGCACAGCAAUGCAAAUGUGUUAUCUAAGAAAGCUUGUUUUAAGAGAUGAGGUUCUGCAUAAGAAAGAGGAUGGACAUUGAGAUAAUGUUGCAUACAGAACAUAUUGUCCAGGCUGGCAUUCUAACCAAGGGCCCAAAGUAUAAUUUUGAAGCCAAAUUCUAAAUCCAGCAAACAAAAAAACAGCACAACAGGUAAAGCAAAAACAUGGAAAUGGAUGAUUACCCCCCUCCCAUUGUCAGCCCGAGUUCAUAAAUGCAGAGCUUGACACUACGUGAGAGGUGGUCAUGAGUGUUCAGACUGUAUAAAUGAUGCUAACAUUUGCACUUCUACUAAAUGUUAUAUUUGAAAAUGCCUGCAAAAUGUAUUUGCAAUGUGAUAGCUGAGAUAUAUUUUGAAAGAAUGCAUACUGACAAAGAAAAUAUU